CAGUGCAAGCAGAGCAGCAAGAACAACCAGGAGUAGCUCCAAAGAUCAGGGAAGCAGCCUAGAGGGAUCACUCUCACUGCACUGACAAGGAGAACAAUCCAACUAGACACGAAAAAGACAACACGUUACACUUGGUUACCGCCAUGGAAUCGCAGGAGAGAUCACCCAAGCAAGCAGUCGAAGUGCAAAGCCAUGGCAAGGCGAAGAAGGAGAGGCUCCUCGACUUCCUCAGGGCAACUCCUUCCAAGGAAUUAUGGAUGCGCCGCUUCGGCUUCACCUCCCCGCACGCCUUGCUCAAGCGCGUCGCCACCCUCCGCACGCGCUCUGCCACCCAUGUAUCAGCCCCCGCCCGCUUCUUCCUCCGCGCGCCGGCCUUCGCGCGCACUGUCGACUGGCGCGCGCUGCGCGCCAAGUGCGUCGCCUGGGCCUGGCACCCCACGAACGCCGCGCUGCUCGUCUGGCUUGCCUUCGUCGCCGCGGGCGUCGCCUUCGUCUUCCUGCUCAUGACGGGGGCGCUCAACUCCGCAGUGCCCGACGCGUCCCGCCGGCGGCGGUGGACGGAGGUGGCCAACCAGAUGCUCAACGCGCUCUUCACCAUCAUGUGCGUGUACCAGCAUCCGCAGCUCUGCCACCACCUCAUGCUCCUCUUCCGCUGGCGAAGCCCCGACGUCGCCGAGCUCCGCGGCGUCUACUGCAAGAACGCCGCCGCCGGCCCGCGCGAGCGCCUCCACGUGGCAAUCGUCGUGCUGCUCCUCCACGCCACGUGCUUCGCGCAGUACGCGUACUGCGCGCUCUUCUGGUUCUUCAGCAGCGACACGCGCCCCGACUGGGCCGUCAACCUGUGCAUGGCGCUCGGCCUCGGCGCCCCCGUCGCCGCCGCCCUCUACAUGGUCUACGGCCCGCUCGGCAGAAAGAUCGUGCUCCCGGCGUCCACUGAUGACGAGGAGGCCGUGGCGGUGGAGGACGACGCGAGCGGCUCUGCGUUGCAGGCGGCGCAGUACAACAGCGGCAGCUGCAGAGUGGUGGUCACCAAGCCGGAGUGGGCCGGCGGGCUCUUCGACCUCGCCGACGACGCGACGGUGGCGGCGCUGUCCCUGACGUGCACCUUCUGCGUGUUUGGGUGGAACAUGGAGCGCCUGGGGUUGGGCAACAUGUACGUGCACGUCUUCACCUUCGCCCUCCUCUGCGCCGCGCCAGUGUUGGUGUUCGCGGUCGCCGCGCUCAACAUCCAUGACGCCACGCUCGGGUUCCUCGUCGGCGCCGCAGGCGCCUUGCUGUCCGUGCUCGGCUUGAUGUACGGCGGCUUCUGGCGCGCGCAGAUGAGGAGGCGGUUCGGUCUGCCCGCCGACCGGUCCAUGUUCGGCGGGCGGCCCGUCGUGGCAGACUACGCCAAGUGGUUGCUGUGCGCGCCGUGCGCGCUGGCGCAGGAGGUGAGGACGGGCAACCUGUACGACGUGGAGGAGGGCAAUCUGUACGUCAGGGACAGUGGAGAGGGCGUGCCGCAGGAGGAAAAGCCGGCAAUGGCGCCGCUGGACAGGGAAGGGUGUGUGGCGCCAUUGACCGCCGGCACCGGCGGAGGUGAACGUGUUGUCGUGGUCGAUACACCGCCGGUGCCGGUGAGGGUUCAAGAGGGGAACAGCUGAACAUGCAGGUGAACAGCGUUGGGUUAGAGAUGGAUCAUAUGUAGGACUGUUCGUUCGGUUUUUUGGGUUCGGGAAAUACGGUAAAUCGGUAAAUACGGUAUUGUUUGCUCGGUAAAUACGGUUGUUCCCUUAGUGGAUGGUUCGGUUACGGUUAAUACCAAUUUAUUUCGGUUCAGCUUUGGUUAAUAUCAUAUUUACCAAAGUUGACGCGAAUUGUAAAUACGAUACCGUCGGUGUGGUUUCUCGAUCACACAAUCACUUGUUGGACUUCGGUACAAGACACUCAGACCAUACUGAUAAGUGAUAACUACAAAAUCGAUGAUAAACACAAUCACAAAUUCACAUACACAAGACCAUACU